GAUUUCAGCACAGGGAUUGUCCCUGAUCCUGGAAUGUCCCUUAAUUCUGGAACUGUCCCCAACCCUGGAACUGUCCCUGGGAUCACCCCAGGCUGUUCCCCCUGCGCCCAUGAACAGCUCUGGCUCCUAAUUAAAACCUCAUUAAUAACUAAUUAAUAGCUCAUUACCAGCCAAUUAAUACCCAGUUAAUAGCUCAUUAACCAGUUAAUGACUCCUUGCCAAUAGCUCAUUAAUAAUCAGUUAAUGGCUCAUUAAUACACCAUUAAUAACUAACCAAGAGUCAGUUAAUGUCCAGUUAAUACGUUAUUAAUAAACAAUUAAUAGCUCAUUUGUAAUCAAUUAAUGGUUCCAGUGGCUCAUUACUAACCAAUUAUUAACUUAUUAGUAAUUAACAACCAAUUAAUACCCACUUGAUAAGUCAUUAAUAGCUAGUUAAUAUCCAAUCAAUAACCAAUUAAUAUCCAAUUAAUAGCCCCAUUAUUACCUAUCAUUAGCCAAUUAAUAUACAAUUAAUGAUCAAUAUUGAGUCAAUACCAAUUAAUAAAAUUAAUGGUGGAACAACAGCCAGUUAAAACCCAAUUAAUAUCAAUCAAUAAAAAUUAAUGACUAAGUAAUAACUAGUUAAGAACCAAUUAAUAUCAAUCAAAAUUUAAUAAGCCAAUUAAUAAACAAUUAAUGGCUUAUUAAUAACCAGUUAAUGUCUGAUUAAAAUGAAUUAACACCCAAUUAAUAACUAAUUAACAUCCAAUUAACAACUAAUUAACGCCAAAGAAAAAUGAAUUAACAUCCAAUUAAUAACUGAUUAACGUCAAAUUAAUUACUAAUUAUAACCUAAUAAUAACUGAUCAUUAUCCAGUUAAUAACCAAUUAAUAUGGAAAUAAUAACUCAUUAAUAGCUAAUUAAAGCCCCCUCAUCAUCAGCUCCUCUUUCCCUGCAGAUCCCAAAAUUCCCCCGGAAUCAAAUCCAUAAAAUUCCAUAAAAUCCCUAAAAAUUCCUAAAAAAUUCCAUAAAAUUCCAUAAAAUCCCCUGGAAUUCCCAUGGAUUCCCAUCCCCCUCCAGGCCAGGUGCAGAUUUGGGCUUUCCCAGGGUCGCUGUUUCCCAAAUUCCUGAUUUUUCCCUGGAUAAAUUUGGAAUUCUGAGGGGAUUUCCUCCUUUUUUAGGGAAUUUGCAGCCAUGGACAUCGAGGAUUGCAACGCCCGAUCCUACAUCACUGGAAUCUGCUCUUCCUGGAAGGUGAGCGGCUGCGUGCGCCCGGCCAGCGCCGCCCUGCGCCCCGCCGGGAUCCCGCGCUGCUUCCCGGGAAUCCCGAUCCAGGGAUCUCCGGGAUUCCUCCCGCAAGCCCGAGGUGAUUCCCCCCUGGAGCAGGAAUUCCGCUCGGCCGGGGGGGGAGGGGCGGCACGGAGCCCCCCCAGCCCCCGCUCGUCCCCGCGCUCCCCCGCCAACUCCAUCAAGGUGGAGAUGUCCUCAGAGGAGGAUUCCCCGGGCCGGGGGCUGCAGGAGGAGCGGGAGGGGCCGGAGGAUUCCCUGCCCGAGCCGGAGCCGGAGCCGGAGCCGUUCCCGGAGCCGUUCCCGGAGCCGCACUCGCCCGGCGGGAUCCGCCUGCCCAACGGGAAACUGCGCUGUGACGUGUGCGGGAUGGUGUGCAUCGGGCCCAACGUGCUCAUGGUGCACAAACGGAGUCACACUGGGGAGAGGCCGUUCCAGUGCCAGCAGUGCGGCGCCUCCUUCACGCAGAAGGGGAACCUGCUGCGCCACAUCAAGCUGCACUCGGGGGAGAAGCCCUUCAAGUGCCCCUUCUGCUCCUACGCCUGCCGGCGCCGCGACGCCCUGAGCGGGCACCUGCGCACCCACUCGGUGUCCUCCCCGACGGUGGGCAAGCCCUACAAGUGCAGCUCGUGCGGGCGCAGCUACAAGCAGCAGAGCAGCCUGGAGGAGCACAGGGAGCGCUGCCACAGCUUCCUCAGGAGCCUCCCCGCAGAGAACCCCGCACAGACAGGGGAGGAAAUCCGGGAGCUGGACAUGGUGCCCGAGGCGUUGCUGCACCCUGAGCGCCCCACCUUCAUCGAGCGCUUGGCAGGCAGUUUUACCAAAAGGAAACGAUCCACGCCGCAGAAAUUUGUGGGCGAGAAGCAGAUGCGCCUGGCGCUGUCGGAGCUGCCGUUCGACGUGAGCCCGGCCUUCGAGAAGGACUCGGAGCUGGUUCCGGCCCGCGGCCACCCGCUGGACCCGCCCUACGCCGGCCCGCUGUCCCUGCUGGGCCCGGGGGACCCGCUGCGCCCGCUCCGCCUGGCCACCAACUGCAUCACCGAGGUCACCCCGGUCAUCAGCUCCGUCUACACGCAGAUCCAGGCUCUGCCCGCCCGCCUCGAGCUGCCCCGCGGCCGCGGCGACUCCUCCGAGGACGGCGCCGAGGGCAUCCCGGUGAUUUUCCGCAGCCGCGGCGACGCCGCCUCGCCCUCCAACGGCUGCCAGGACUCCACGGACACCGAGAGCAUCCAGGAGGAGCGGGCGGGCGGCGGCAGCAGCCGCCACAGCCCCGCCUACGCCAAAGAGGAGCCCAAGGAGGAGCCCGAGGGCGCGGCUCGCUGCUUCCCCAAGGAAUCGCUGCGGGUGCUCAACGAGGAGGGCGAGCAGCUGCGCGCCUUCUGCUGCGAGCACUGCCGCGUGCUCUUCCUGGACCACGUCAUGUUCACCAUCCACAUGGGCUGCCACGGCUUCAGGGACCCUUUCGAGUGCAACAUCUGCGGCUACCGCAGCCAGGACCGCUACGAGUUCUCCUCGCACAUCGUGCGCGGCGAGCACAAGAUUUGAGGUCGGGAAAAGUCCCCUCCCCUUCCUGCCUCUGGUUCUCAUGUUUCCUCUCCCUCCCCGGACAAAAUGUGAGGUUGGAAAACUCAAAUUCCUCUUUUUCCCCUCCCAUUUCACCUCCCACAUUGUGCGCGCCAAGCACAAAAUCUGAGGAUGGAAAAAAAUCCUCUCCACCUCGAAUUCUCCUUUUUUCCUCUCCCAUUUUCCCCUCGCACAUCGUGCGCUGUGAGCACGAGAUUUGAGGUCGGGAAAAGUCCCCUCCCCUUCCUGCCUCUGGUUCUCAUGUUUCCCUCCCUCCCCGGACGAAAUGUGAGGUUGGAAAACUCAAAUUUCUCUUUUUCCCCUCGAUUUUCCUCUCCCAUUUUGCCUCCCAGAUCGUGCGCGCCGAGCACAAAAUCUGAGGAUGGAAAAAAAUCCUCUCCACCUCGAAUUCUCCUUUUUUCCCCUCCCACAUCGUGCGCGGCGAGCACAAGAUUUGAGGUUGGAAAAGUCUCCUCCCCUUCCUGCCUCCGAUUCUCAUGUUUCCCUCCCUCCCCGGUUUUCCACUCUGACGUUGUGCUCGGUCAACCCAAAAUUUGAGAUUGGAAAACUCCCCCAUCUCAAAUUCCCUUUUUAUCUCCGAUUUUCCCCUCCCAUCUCUCCUCCCACAUCGUGCUCAAAAUGUGAGGUUGGAAGAAAAUCUCCACCUCCUCAAAUUCCACUUUUUUCCCCGAUUUUCCCCUCCUACAUUGUGCACUGCAAGCACAAGAUAAGAGGUUGAAAAAAAAUCCCUCCCACCUCGAAUUCCCAAAUUUUCCCUGAUUUUCCCCUCUCAUUUCCCCUCCCAGACUGUGCACACCGAGCACAAAAUCUGAGGUUGGAGAAAACCAGAAAAAUCCCUCCGUGCCUCAAAUCCCCAUUUCCCCCCAUUUUCCCCUCCCAUUUCCCCUCCCACAUCGUGCUCAAAAUGUGAGGUUGGAAUAAAAUCUUCCCUUCCUCAAAUUCCCCCUUUUUCCCCCCCAAUUUCCCCCUCGCAUCCUUAGGGCAUGGAACUGUUGGGUUGUGUUGUUUUUAUUUUAUACUCCUUUGCACUGACUUUGGCUAUAAAAAAAAACAAACAAAAAAAAAACCAACAAACCCACCCCAAAAACCCGACUGGCCCCACCCAGGGGGAGCCCUUAAUCCUCCUUUUUAUAAAUG